AUGACGUCGCGGUCGGCUUCGACGCCGCUCGCGACGCUCGUCCUCCUCCUCCUCGGGAUCUCGUCCGUCGCGAACGCGCAGCUGUCGCGGCCGAUCGCGAGGGACGACCACCUCGCGCGCGACGCCGACGCGAACAAGUACCUCGAUCGCGAGGCGAAGCCGGACGCGCACGACGACGAGCUCGCGGCGAUCCCGCGGGACGUCUGCCCGGCGAACCUCCGCCUUCGAUGGCAGACCGAGGUGAGCAGCUCCGUGUACGCGACGCCGGUCGUCACGGACCUGUUCGACGACGGCCACAAGGAGAUCGUCGUCCCGUCGUUCGUGCACUACCUCGAGGUGCUCGAGGGCGAGGACGGCGCUCGCGCGGGGGGGCGAUGGCCGUCGUUCCACGAGAGCACCGCGCACGCGUCGCCGCUCGUGCAUCACUCGUCCUCAGCAGGGACGACGAUCCUGCUGCCGACGUACGACGGCGAGGUGCGGUUCUACGACCACGCGGGGGAGAGGCUGGAGAAGACGCUGCGCGUGCCGCGAUUGCGGGUGAGGAGGGACUGGCACGUCGGCCUCGCCGCGGACCACGUCGACCACGCGCGCGCGGACGUCGGCGCGGAGGACGACGAGCGCUUCGAGAGCGGGUUUAAAGCCCCGGAGAAGAAGAAGGACGCGGGAACGCGCGCGCCGCCGCACGAAGCGCGACGCCGCCGCGCGAGGGCAAUGCUGCAAACGAACGGAGGAGGAGGAGGAGGAGGAGGAGGAGGAGGAGGAGGACCGGGCGCGGACGACGGCGGGCGGCGGCUCACGCGAAACGCCGCGGCGUCCUUUAAAGUGUUCGACAACGCGGACGCCGGCGACGACGCGGACGAGGAGCGCGUGGAGCCGGAAGGUUUGGGAGGGACGGGCGAGGACGACGACGCGCCGAGCGCGCACAGCACGUCGUUCGGGUACGACCGCGACCAGCUCUCGGAGAUUGUCGGCGGCGGGGACGAGGAAAACGACGCGUUUUGGGACGGCACCGACGGCGACGGCGACGGCGACGACGCGGACGCGAGCUCGAGCUCCAACUCCGACUCGGAGUCGUACGCGGCGCCGUCGAAGCCGGGGACGCGUCGCAGAGCGGGGUGGGACGACGAGGCGUUCGUUCAACCCGCGCACAGGCACGAACACGAGGACGAGUACGUGUUCGUGGACGCGCACCUGUUGUGCACGCCCGCCAUCGCGGACCUCGACGGCGACGGGCGAGAUGAGAUCAUCCUCAGCGUGUCGUACUUUUACGACAAGGAAUACUACGAUAACCCCGCGCACGCGGCGGAGCUCGGCGUGAACGUGGACAUCGGGAAGUACGUCGCGGGAGGGGUCUACGUCGCGGAUUUGGAAACCCUGGAGAUGAGAUGGCAGACGCACUUGGAUCUGUCCACGGACGCGGUGUCGUACCGCGCGUACAUGUACAGCGCCCCCACGGUGGUCGACAUAGAUCGCGACGGGUACUUGGAGAUCGCGCUCGGGACCUCGGUUGGUUUUCUGUACGUCCUGAGGCACGACGGCACGACGCAGAAACGCUGGCCGAUUCUGAUGGGGGAGAUUCAAGGCCAAGUGGCCGCCGCGGACGUGGACGGCGACGGAUACCUAGAGCUCGUCGCCGCGGACACGCGAGGGAGCGUCGCCGCGUUUCGAAGGGACGCCACGGAGGUGUGGGAGACGCACCUCGCGUCGCUCAUAUCCCAGGGCGUGACCUUCGGGGACGUCGACGGCGACGGCGAGCUCGAACUCGCGGUCGGCACCUCGAGCGGGGCGGUGCACGUGUUGUCCGCGGCGACCGGCAAACCGAAGCCGCCGUUUCCGUUUUACACGAGGGGACGCGUGAUGUCCCCGGUGCUGCUCGCGAAGUUAGGAUCCGCGUCCGCAUCCGACCCGGCGCGCGCGCGCGGCUCGCCCGGCGGUCUAUCCCUCGUCGUGAACUCGUUCGACGGGUACGUGUACGUCAUCGACGGCGCGCGCGCGUGCGUCGACGUGAUCGACGUCGGGGAGACGUCGUACGCGAUGCCUCUCCUCGACGACCUCACCGGCGACGGAAAGAACGAUCUGAUCAUCGCGUCCAUGAACGGCGUGGUGUACGCGUACGAGAGUUUGAACUCGCCGUACGACCCGAUGAACGCGUGGCCGUCGCAAGUGCACGCGGGGAAUAACAUGGUCGCCAGGGCGGGGUGGUACGGCGUGCGGGCGUUGGACCGAGGGUACCACGACGUUCGAGGGAAAGCGAUGGACGUCGCGUUUGAGAUCGUGGACGUCCGCGAGGGCCGGGGGCGCGGAGGUCGGAAGGCCAGGACCCCGGCCGUGUAUAAGUACGGGCCGUACGCCGUCGUCGUGUCGAUCACGGCGCCAAACUUUUCGCGUCGCGUCGCCGCGACGUUCGAGACCCCGGGGACGUAUUCGCUGCGCGUGGACGUCCCGAACGCGCGCGGGCGCGGGAGGGUCACUGUGCGCGUCGCGGACGCCACGCGACUCAACGCGGAGGACUCGUACUCGGUGUCGUUCCACAUGCGGUAUUACCGCGUGCUGAAGUGGAUCGUGGUUUUGCCGUUCGCGUUCAUGGUCGGCGCGUUUUCGGCGUUGACGGCGAGCUCUCUGGGGGCGAUGCCGACGUUCUCGAGCGCGAGCGGGUUCAACACGCGAGACGGAUUGGGGAAGCUCGCGUGAGUGAACGACUGUCGUAGUUUAGAUUACAGUAGAACAGAACGCUCAGGAUGUGUUU